GGAGGUUAUACAAGGACACCUGGCUGCCCUGCUGUACCAGCACACCACCCAUCAUGAUCAGAGCAUCAGUCACUGCCGUCUGCCUCGCGCUCCUCCUGUCCUGCUCUUGCUGGGCCAAGCCUAACGGAUCAAAGAACAAGAAACCAAAGCAAGUUGUUCCAGCCAUAGAGUGCGACGUCAGAGCGGGAAAGAUCAACCUCCCAGAAUUCAUAGUCAAAUGUCCCAUGCGCUGUAAGGAGACCAAACAGCAAGUUUAUGGGACAGGCGUGUUUGCCUCUAUCUCCAGCAUCUGCAAUGCAGCCAUCCACAGUGGUGUCAUCACCAACUCAGGAGGAAAGGUGAUUGUGAGGAAAAUGGCCGGGCAGAACUCCUACAAAGGCAGCAACUCCUUCGGCGUGCGCUCCCUGUCUCUUUCUAAAUGGAGGGAGUCAUUUGUUGUCUCAGUGGGCAAGCCUAAGAAAGGAGUGAUCUACCCGUCUACCCUCGACUACGUCCCAUCAAGACCCACCUACGUUAAAACAAGUCAAAAGGACAAAUCGCAUGCGGUUACCACGGCACUGCCUACGACAGCAGCACCUGAACCCACAACUACAAUACCUGAACCUACCACCACAGCCACAACCACGCCGCCUCCCACUACCACCACAACCACCACUACACCUCCACCACCACCCACAACUGCCAAGUCUCGCGCCGCUGUUCACAAAGUCAGGGACGCAGGCAGCAGUCACCCGUACCUUGCCUCCGUGGCAGCCACAAAUCCGAGACAGACACAGAAUGGUCAAGGAAAGAGUCCCGGCCAAGUAUUCAGAGGAAGUGCCUAUCCGAAUAGAUUCCCACAGCGUUCCAAUACAGGUCUGCGCCGACCAGAGGCGGGGUCAGCUAUCAGGAGACAGCCAUCCUCUCCCGUCGGCCCAGCUUUUAACAGGGUUCAGCCGGCCCCACCCGAGCGGACUCCAACCAUGAGCCAGUCCAACCCUGCUUUUCCCAGAAGGGAUUGGGCGCCCCCGUCCUUCCCUCGUCCUGAUUGGUUCCCUGGGGCUAGACGACCAGCAGAUGUUAGUUAUGCAGUGCCAGACUCUGGAUACACAUGGAGUGAGACAGACACACCUGAGAGUUCAGCUCGGGAUCACAGGCCUGAUAUCUCAGAGUUUGAGCGCUGGUAUUAUAACUUUGGACCGUACCUACCCCGUUCUCCUGACUCAGAUGGCACCCGUAAAGCAGCACUGGAUACAACCCAUACUAGAGUGGAGCCAGUGGAUGCCUGGAAGCCAGACGCAAACCUUUAUGAAUCAGGGUUCAGCGUGAGAGAGCAAGAACCUGUACCCAGAGCACCUGAACCUGUGUCACAGGGAGACCCAAAUUGUAAGGUGGACCUGGUCUUCUUGAUGGAUGGGAGCUGGAGCAUCGGGAAGCGACGCUUUAAGAUCCAGAAGGACUUCUUGGCUGAGGUGGCUCAGACCAUCAAUGUGGGUGUGGCUGGACCCAUGAUGGGCAUCAUCCAAUACGGGGAUGACCCAGUGACAGAGAUCAGUCUGAAGAGUCACUCCAGCUCCAAAGAUGUAAAAUCCAGCAUAGAUAAGAUUGUGCAGAAGGGGGGCCUCUCCAAUGUGGGAAAGGCCCUCUCCUUCAUCAACAAACAGUACUUCAGUGAUGUCAAUGGAAACCGAGGAGGAGCUCCCAACGUGGCCGUGGUGCUGGUGGACGGCUGGCCCACAGAUAAGGUGGAGGAGGCCUCUCGUCUCGCUCGGGAGUCUGGCAUCAACAUAUUUUUUGUCACCAUUGAGGGCCCCGAUGACAAUGAGAAGCACCAACUGGUUGAGGCCAACUUUGUAGACAAGGCUGUGUGUCGGACAAAUGGCUUCUACUCCUUGCCGGUGUCCAGCUGGUUUGGUCUGAGGAAAGCUGUGCAGCCUCUGGUGAAGCGAGUGUGUGACACAGACCGGCUGAUGUGCAGCAAAACCUGCCUCAACGCCAACGACAUCGCUUUUGUCAUUGACGGGUCCAGCAGUGUGGGGACCGGCAACUUCCGCACAGUGCUGCAAUUUGUGGCCAAUGUCACGCGUGAGUUUGAGAUCUCUGACACAGACACACGGGUUGGGGCCGUGCAGUACACCUAUGAGCAGAGGCUGGAGUUUAACUUCGGACAGUACAACAACAAGGCCGAGCUGCUGAACGCCAUCAAACGCAUCAACUACUGGAGCGGUGGGACCAGCACUGGUGCUGCCAUCACCUACACCGCAGAUCAGCUCUUCAGCAAAUCCAAACCCAACAAACGCAAGAUCAUGAUUGUUAUUACAGACGGGCGCUCCUAUGAUGACGUCAGAGCACCUUCACUGGCUGUCCAUCGCCAAGGUGUGAUCGCCUACUCCAUCGGUAUCGCCUGGGCAGCCCAGGACGAGCUGGAGUACAUCGCCACAGACCCUGACAAGGAGCACUCCUUCUUUGUGGACGAGUUUGACAACCUCUACAAAUUUGUGCCCAAGAUCAUCAACAACAUCUGCCAGGAGUUCAACUCCCAGCCCAGAAACUGAGGACUCAUGGAUGGAGGGGUGGGGAGGUGCAGAGCGGGACAUCUUGAUCCUGGACUGUCUUUAACGGAACACUGAUUGUAAAUUUACUCUUUCUGUUGCCCAGAUGGUGCUGGAUUUGGCUGCAGUGCCCCGUAUUUGAACAGGGGGGGUUGUUAAUUUAGGUGAGGAUUGUGGGUACGGACAAAACAAAUCUUAAAGUAAAUCAGCAUUCGGUCCCAAAUACACAGAUGGUGCUAAUUGUAAAAGGUUUGCAUUCACAGUGCCAUACUGGCAUCUGAUGUGAUGCUGUGAAGAGAGAGGCGACUUCCUAAUGAAAAUAAUGGCACCAAAUUUUAAUUAGUCACCCUUUAUAAAGGGUUUAUAAACUGUACAGUUUUUUUAUUAAUGUUAAUAAAACAUCUAGUAAUGCUUUAUAGAGCAGUUAUAACCCAUUAAUAAAACAAACUUUGGGUUGAUGGGUGGUGGAAAUGUUC